UCGUACGCGCAACUCUCGCUGUGCUGUCGUAUAAUUUAUUAUAUUAUUAUAACCGUGUAAUUUUUAUAUUAUUAUUUACGGCGAGCGAGUUGAAGUCUGCGUAGUCCUGAGCCCGCGUCAAACACACUACGGGCUCGAUAUAAUAAUCCCGAAAUAUAUACGAAUACGAUUGACAUCGGUAAUAAUAACAAAUACGAUUCAAUCGAUAUCUGGUCAGUACAAAAUAUUUUUGCAACACAGAAAACCGUCGCGGAGAUGACGGGUGGCGUGCUUUAUUAUAUAUACGUGUGCGCGGUCGCGAGGAUUUUGUCGUGUUCCGCGGCCGGUUUGCAGGACGGACAGCAUUUCCUCAGCACGCUCUUGGAGAGGUUCAAAGAAGGAUCGAAACCGCCUUCUCAUUUCACCCCGGAUAUGUAUCCAGAAUUGAGUUCGCGGUUAUACCAAGGAGACAUAAUACUGCCAGUUUCAAGGAAUGCUAUCAUGUCAGAUUACUAUAAAUGGCCCAAGGCAAUAAUUCCUUAUACAAUACAUUAUAAUUUUACACAAGACGAACGAUCCAAGAUCCGCAUGGCAAUGGACACGAUUGAGUCGAAGACGUGCCUGAAGUUUGUCGACAAGAACGGCGGGAACGCGACGCAGCUGCUGAAGGACGUCGGGCACUCGGGAUACGUGCAUAUCGGCCGUGAGCGGAACAAGGGCUGUAACGCCAUGAUCGGCUACCACCGGGAAAUGAGUGGUCCGCACAGCAUGAACUUAGAGGCGCCGUCGUGCAUCUCCUACCAAGGAACGGUGCAACACGAACUCCUGCAUGUGGCAGGACUGCUCCACGAACAGGCUCGCGCUGACCGUGACAAUGCAGUGAUCAUUUAUUGGGAAAACAUUGACAAGACAUAUUGGCCAGACUUUAACAAAGUGCCUGAUAAUGUUACAACUACUUUCGGUUUACCUUAUGACUAUACUAGUGUAAUGCAUUACCCACGUUAUGCUUUUUCAAAAAAUGGCAAGGAAACCAUUGUAGCUAAGCAUGAACCAAGUAUGAGUUUGGGACAGAGAACCGGAGCUACGAUCAAUGACUUGCGAAAAGUCAACGCAAUGUACAAUUGUAAUGGAGCAGCUACAACACCCUAUACUAAUUCAAGUGACUACCAAGGCGGCGCAUAUCGCAUUUUUUAGUUCAAAAACGAAUUAUAAUUAUUGACACUUUGCAUGUAUUGUAACUUAUUAUUUUUUUUGCACAAUGUUAAAUAAAAUAAGAAGUAAUUUUAAUUGUUUAAAAU